UGAUCACUCCCAGAGCGAGGGCACACAGCAGCUAGACACCAUGGGCUCGGACAAGGCACACGAACUCCGGAAACUCGGGAAGGCCGAGCUUACCGCCAAGCUCACCGAGCUCCGAACCGAGCUCCAGACGCUGCGCGUAGCGCAGGUGACCGGCGGCGCUGCCUCCAAGCUCGCCAAGAUCGCGGUCGUUCGCAAGAAGAUCGCGAGAACCCUCACCGUCUACCACCAGUCGCAGAAGCAGAGGUUCCGCGAGUACUACGAGGACAUGAAGUACGUGCCCCUCGACCUUCGCCCCAAGAAGACUCGCGCCAUCCGCCGCCGUCUGAACCCUGACCAGCUGGCCAUCAAGACCGACCGCCAGCAGAAGAAGCUGGACAACCUCCCCAGGCGCUGCUACGCCCUUAAGGCAUAAAUAAACGCCCGUUUAUUCGUCGUCGUCGCAGAAUGGUGUUUGUGGCCAUGCCGCUUCUGACAAGACCUCCACGGACUUGAUUCGUACCUGUUGGUAGCACACGUGUUGUGCUGCUGCUUAGUUGCGUGCCGGCGCCUGUUCGCGGGCCUGUGCUUGUAGCAUUCGGAGUUGAUUAGUAGGAGGACGAGAGGAGGGUUUUGCUGCAAGUGAUGGCGAUGUGAUGGCGUGCUCGUGCGUGCUCGUCGUUGCCUUGUUUCGCUCUGGG